AUGAGCCGCAAAGCGGCAGGAAGUUACAUGACACCGUUUGACUGCAGAUUAAGGUUUCUGAGGAUCGACCCUGGCACGGUGAGUGUAGCUUCGCAGACUGAUCCUGUGGUGGCAAAGAAUCGCCCAGAUCAGUGGUCUGUCAUUUUUAGAAGUUUUCAGUUUGGACUCCGCCUUUCGUGCUGCACACAGAUCAGUGCUUUAGACCUGCUGAAGCGAUAUGUUCGUUGA